ACGAAAAGAAAGGUGCCAGACAGACAGAAAAACCAACCAACAGGGAUGAGAGAGAAUACCGAAAGAUGGAGAAUAAGAUUUCUUCAACAAUGACGAGAAGUCAUCAUCUUCUCACUCUCCCACCAUUUCUUCUCACACCAACACCACCGAAUGGAAUCGUUUUUUUCCUUAACCCGAACGACAAUAACAACUACAUAUCUUCCACCACCACACACUUUCAUUAUUAUUGCCAUCCAUUUUUCUUGAACCAAAUCAACAAGAUUCUUUCUGGCUUUCCUCUGCAUAUUGGCCAUCUAAAUCUCAGCUGAGUUUUUGUGUGAUUUGCAGGAAGAUGUUAGGAGGAAAUUUUCAUGGUGUUGCGGAGGGGAACCACCCCCGGUACAAUAAAACGACAUCGCCUCAGCUUCAGUUGAUUGGACAUGUUCCAACUCAGUACCCUGGUGGCCUUGGCGUGAUGAACUGCGUAAGAAAUGAGUGUGCUCCCUCUGACAGUCGCCCUUGCAAACGAGUUAGGGAAGAAGAAAGUGUGUAUUUGCAGCAGAAGCUUGACAUGUCUGCAAAUACCAACCUUCACCUCAACAAACCUAGCCAUACUGGACUCCUUUUAAAUCCCACACCAGUAUCGCCGGGUCUCAGACUUUCAAAUGAGAAAGAAGAGCGUAGCUCCUAUGUUACUUCAACCAGUGAGAAUCUGACAAACGCCUUCCCUUUUGGUCUUUCUCUGGGUAAUACUGUUAAACAUGAGAUGGACCGACAAAUGGAAGAACUCGGGCAGUAUAUCAAGCUUCAGGAAGAGAAUAUCCUGAAGGGUGGAAGAGAGAUAAACAAAAGGCACACAAUUUCCUUGCUGAAUGCAUUGGAGAAAGGAGUGAGCAAGAAACUACACGAGAAGGAUAUGGAAAUAGAGAGCAUUAACCACAAGAACAAGGAGUUGGAGGACAGAAUAAAGCAGGUGGCCAUGGAAGCUCAGUCAUGGCACUACAAGGCAAAGUACAACGAGUCGGUGGCCAAUGCACUGAAGAGCAAUAUCCAGCAGCUCAUGGCGCAGGGCACGGCCCAUGGCAAUGAAGGGUUCGGGGACAGUGAGGUAGACGAUGCUCUGUCUUCCUUGAAGCAACCCCCCGGCAUGAUCUGUAGCUCGGAGAAUCCGGAUCACCUUAGCCAUCAUCGGCUAAAAUGCAGAUGCUGCAAGAAGAAGCAGGUUUCGAUCUUACUGUUUCCGUGCAGACACCUGUGCCUGUGUGCAGAAUGUGAAGGAUUUGUUGAGGUUUGCCCUGUCUGUCAGGUGAUGAAGACUGCUAGCUUCCCUGUAAAGUUGUAAAUGGUGAAGUUGUAGAGCACUAGCAAUCCUCAUCACCUCUCUCUCUCUAAUACUAAUAUAGUAUCAAGAAUUGUUUCUAUAUUGAUGUAAUGAAAAUCCACUCUUUUGUUCAGUGGAGUGAUUGAUGGUUAUAUUUGCAAUGAAAGAUUCAUUUCUGCUCUAA